AUGAUAGCUAUAGUUAUUUUAGGUUCUUGUCUUCGAAUGAGAGCUGAUGGAACAGUGCAGAGCAAUGUUUCUGUUGGCACACCUGAUUAUAUUUCACCCGAAGUGUUAUGUGCAAUGAAUGAAAAUGAAAGUUGUUAUGGAAGUCUAUGCGAUUGGUGGAGUUUAGGAUGUGUUAUGUGGGAAAUGUUAUUUGGUUCACCUCCAUUCUAUGCUGAAGCAAUGUUAGAUACUUAUGGACAAAUAAUAGCACGUAGUAAAAAUAAAAUUCCACUUUCAUUUCCCGGUGAUGUAGACGUGUCGGAUGAUGCAAAAGAUUUAUUACAAAAACUGCUUUGUUCCGCAGACUAUCGCCUGGGGAAAAAUGGAUUGAAUGAUUUUAAAAAACAUCCAUUUUUUACUAAAUUUGAUUGGAAUAAUCUAAGACAAAUACAACCUCCGUACAUUCCUGUGGUAAUAGAUACAAUGGAUAUAUUGAAUUCUAAUGAUAUCGAGCCUGAAACAUUUGUCAAAACUUACAAUACACCUGCUUCCAAAAUGGGAUUACCUGACAAAGUACUGUUCAUAGGUUUUACCUAUUCUGGUGAUAGUCAUUCAUCGAAUAGUAUUAAAACAAUACAAGCUUCACCGGUUCCUCUCAACAAAUCAACUAUAACUCUUAAAUCAGAAUCUAAAAUAAUAAAUUCUGCUAUUAGACCUAGUUCGACAUCGUCUGGAAACCUUAUCUUUUCAACUAAUGCAGUUAGACAAGUUACUGAGGGUGAACAUGAGUCAAAAAUAAAAUUAUUGGAACUCGAACGAACAUCAUUAGUUCAUGAAUUAAAUCGUUUCCAUCAAUUAUAUAAUGAAAUAAAAAAUGAUUCUGUCAAAAAAACACGAGAAAUACAAGAAUUGAGAGAUUUUUAUACCGAUCAAUAUGAAAUAUCGAGACACGAACAAAUUGAGUAUUUGACACGAAUUUUAAGUCUAUUUCAAGAUCUUCCUGAGUCUAAUGGAAUAAAACAUUUUCAUAAACAUAAUGUUUCAUCCUUAUCAAUGGAAGAACAAAUAAGAAAUGAUUUAGAUCAAAAACUAAGUUUCUUUCUAACUAAUUAUAAAUCAUUAUUAAUGAAAGAUUCUAAAGACAAAACAAAAUCUGUUUCAAAUGAUGUCUCUCUGCUUUUAUCUAAAUUUCAAGACAAAUUCUCUCGUCUAUUGAUUAAUAAUGGCAAUGAUGGGAUGGUUUUAACAAACGAAACGAAUAAUCUAAAUGAACCAUUAUUGAAAAAUAUUAUUUCAUUUUUUAAUGAUGUUUACCAACAAAUGAAAAAAAUUUUACAUGACAAAAAAGAACUUAAUGAUCAAUUUAUUUCUUUAGCAAAAAAGCAACGAAAAUAUAUAAAUUUCCAGUCAAAUAUUUGUAAAGCUAUUAAUGAAGGUCUAGAUUCAAAUUCAUAUUUAAAAAAAUUGGUAAAUCAAAUGGCCCAAGAAUUUGAUCAAAAACAAGAAUUAACCUAUCCUCAAUUGGUUUUCAAUAGUAGAACAUCAUCGAUUUCUUCAUCCACUGGAAAUAAUCCAUCUCGUGCACUGAGUCAUUCAGUUAAAUUACAACACAUGGAAAUUCAACAACUACAAAUAGCAGUAGAAAGGGAAAUUCAAGUACGGCAACAAGUUGAAAAAAAAUUAAAAGAAUUGGAAAAAGAAAUUGUUCAUAAAGUCGAAGAACUUGUGCAGUUGAAGCAAGAAAAUCAAUUAAUAAAAAAACAAUUAGACGAUGAACAAGCCAAACAUUUAUCAAAAAGAACUAUUUCAGAAGACAAAUCGUUGGUUAUCGAUAAUGAUAAUAAUAAUAAUAAUAAUACAUCAACUGAUCAUAAUGUAAGAUCUGUCCCUAGUGACCCAUUUAUUCCUCAAACACCAGCUACUAAGGCAAACAAUAAUCAACGAUUAGAUCCACUUCAAAAUGCAUUUCAUGAUUUUAGACUCAAUAAUUUCUAUUCACCAUGUGUAUGCCAUCAUUGUUUAAAUGCAUUGAUUGGUAUUGUACGACAAGGAUUUACCUGUAAACGUUGUGGAAUAGUUUGUCAUUCAGAUUGUGUACAAAAAGUUCAAAUUGCAUGCGAGCCAUCAAUUAAAGACCAAAAUCAAGCUAAUCUAGGCGUUCCAUAUAUUGUACAAAUUCCAAAAUCUGGUGGUAUAAGAAAAGGUUGGAAUCAAUGCCAAAUACUACUUUUUCACUCGAAAUUAUUAUUUUAUGAAUUAUCAAAUAAUACAAAAAUAUCAGAUUCAGAACCAUUUCUAAUAAUCGAUGUUACUGAUGAUAAAUUUAAUGUUUGUUCAGUAACACCAGAAGAUGUGAUGCAUGCUAAAAAAAAAGAUAUACCAAAUAUUUUCAAGAUUACUGUAAAUAAAUUAUCAUCACCAAAAAUAUUAAAAAAUCUAUAUGUAUUAACAAAUAAUGAAUCAGAAAGAGAUCAAUAUAUUAACAUGCUAUCAAAUCUUUCGAUGAAAUUAAAUACUCACAUACGGAACGGUGUCAUACAAUGUGGAACUUUUAUCACAAAAGAAAUAUUUGAUAUAAGUUUAAAAAAAGUAACCGGCGCUCGGAUUCUUGAUCCGAACCGUUUUCUCAUUUUUGGUGAAGAUGGACUUUAUUUACUCGAUGUUUUCGAUAAUAAACCAACAAGACUUCAUGAUAGAAAAAUUUAUGAUUUAGCUUUAGUAUCAAAUAAUGAAUUAUUAAUAAUGCUAUCUGGAAAGGAGUGUAUGAUUCGUAUUAAAUCUCUUCAAUGCUUACUUGCUCGUUCGCCACCUUCAUUAGAUAGUGAAAUACCUGAAACAAAAAAUGCAACAUUAUUUACAACUAAUUCAAUAUCCUUGACUCUAUGUGUUGCAGUUAAAAAUCGUAUUUUGUGUUAUAAACUUCAUUCAAAGCCACAACAAUAUCCGUAUACACUUAUACAUGAGUUAAACACAGUUCAAAGCGUAUCCUAUUUAGAAUUAUCCAUAUUAAAAGUAAAUAAAAAUGAAGAAGAAAUACUUUGGUAUGGUGACUCAUCAACAUGUAUGGCACAAAAAGUUGCCCAUCAAAGUCCUAGCGUUGUUUUAUUACGAGAUACUGAUCGUACGUUAGAAAUGUUUCGUAAACUACCUAUUGUUAUAUUACGUGUUAUACCUGUGACAAAUUCAUCAUCAAUUAAUGAACUUUUACUUGUCUAUCAUAAACUAGGUAUUUAUGUAAAUUAUUCAACAGGAAUGCGAACACGUCAUCGAGAAUUAAUGUGGUCCUCAUUACCAAUAUCGACAUCUUAUACUGAUCCUUAUUUACUUGUAUAUACAAAAGUAUCUGUUGAUAUCUACGAUGUAUCAUUAGGAACAUGGCUGCAAUCAUUGUCAUUAUCAAAUACAUAUCCAUUAACAUUAGAUGGAUCUAUAUCUCUUUCCUACGAUCAAGAACUUAUUAAAGAUCAUGGAAAAUUAAUUUAUAUCGCAUCCUUAAAUCGGUUAACACGAUCUCUUCAUAUCGCAGAAAAAUAUUCGAGUCCAUUAAUAUCUGAUCCAGUGAAUUUUCAGCAUCUUGAGCAUGUAGAACGGGACGAAGGUUUAAAAUUAUUAUCACGUCCAGCAUGUGAUAGAAAACGAAAUCGGAUCAAAUCGAUGAUAGAAACAGAGUCAUGUAAUUCGUCAGAUAGUAAUAGAUUGCUGAUUAAUACAAGCGCAUCGCGUUCAAUUUUAAAUACAUCUGUGCCACUCGGCCAUAGCCUAAUCCAUUCAUCACAUCUCUUUAAAGAUCAAAAACAAAAACAAAUGAUCAGCAACGAUAAUCCAUCUCAUUCUCUUGCAUGCAACGACGAAGAGAAUCCCUAUGCAGUUUUGGAGUAA